AACCAAAAGCUGGCUACUCCAAAACCAAUGCUCCUUUCUCCUUAUUAUAUGUCUCUUGCCCUUUUUAUAUUCUCUCACUUUCAUUUUAUUAAUUAACCAUCAAAACUGGAUAAAAUUCACACACCCUCUUGCAAACAAAGGAAAAACACAACAAAUGCUAAAAUACAUAGAAAACCCUAACAAACCAGAACCUCUGUCUCCUGUAAAAUUGUUACAAUUCUCAAUGCCAUAGCUCUGGAGCUUCUCUAAUGGCGGAUUCCUCCCCUCCGCUGCGAAAAGUUCGGCUAACUCGGAGGAAAAACCCUAAAAUUCGAAGGCCAUGGUGUUGCUCAUUUGCUGUUCCAGAUAGCCCUGAUCACCGAAAAUUAGGGUUGGGGUUUGUCGACCAUCCCUCGAAAAGUUCGCCCGAACUUAAAAACUCGAAUCGCAACACUAAACCAGAGGUCUCGAAGCCCCCUUCUCCGAGCAAAUUGGGGUUGAGGAGUAUCUUGUCCCCUGGUAGGGUUUCUCCGAUUGAAUUAGGUUCAGGGCUUCAUGAUCCGGAGCUGCUGCGUCCUCCUGUGCAAUUGCAGGAAUAUCCGGAGAGGGAGGUCGUCCGGCGCCCGGAAAAGGAGAUUCCGGUUGCCGGUGUUGCAGAGAGGCCGAUUUUUCGGCGAGAUGGAGGGAGAUGUGAUGUGAGGCUGAGAUUGAGGGGGAGGAGUGGGGGUUUUUUGGCUAUGGAGGUGGAUUCUAGGAUUUUAAGUUCUUGUAGUCCAUGGUUCGCAGAUAAGAUUUUAGAAUCAAAGAGGAGGGGAGUUAGAGAUGGUGAUGGUGUGGUUACAGUAGAGGUUGAAGAUGUGUCCGAGUUGGAGUCCUUUCAGAGAACUGUGGAGCUCAUGUACUCUGAGGAUGUAUCAAGGACUCUCAUGGAUGCCGGGGUUUCUCGUGCUAUUCGAAUGCUCGAGGUAUCUUCGAUGAUUAUGUUUGAUGAGGGUGUGAAGUCAUGCCUCCUCUAUAUCGAAGCUGUCCCUUGGAGUGAAGAGGAAGAGGAAAAGCUCCAAAGUCUCUUAGCUCGCUGUACUAUUGACAAGUCGUUAUCUCAAGAUGUGCUAACCAGGUUGAAUCCGCAACCACAAAUUGUACCCAACAAACUUGCACUCAAUCUUCUUCACAAAGUCACCAAGGCAACCGAUGAAAAAGCAAGGAACUCACUCAAGUCCGUACUCCAAGGCCUUUUAUCCAGGAGCCCAUCCCAUCGAAGCAACCCACCUUUUGAUCUCCACAAGGAUGAUCUCUAUAGCUUAUGCCAGUCUUGCUUAGACUUGCUGGUGGGUAUUUUUAAACAGGCCACCAGCUCCGAUCCCGACCUCUCAUCUCAGCCGUUGAUUGGACGGAUCUCACAUCAGGUAGACAACCUAAAUUGGGUGUUAGAUAUUCUUAUAGAUAGGCAAUUUGCUGAAGAUUUUGUGAUGAUAUGGGCAAACCAGUCUGAGCUAUUGAGACUUUACGAGAAGGCUUCAGCCAUGGUUCGAUAUGAAGUUAACAGGGUUUCAGCCAUGUUGUUUAUCUCGAUGGGUAGAGGGAAACUUCAAUGUCAUGGUGAAGUGAGAUAUGAAGUGCUAAAAGCAUGGCUUGGGCCCAUGCUCAUGGACUUUGGGUGGUUACAAAGGUGUAAUAAGGGGCUUGAUAUGAGACUUUUGGAGGAAGCGAUUGGCCAGACUGUGCUCACGCUUCCGAUGAAGCAGCAACGACAAUUGCUGCUGAGAUGGAUAGAGUUCUUUGCAAAAGGGGGGAGGGAAUGCCCAGAUUUGAGCAGGGCUUUUCAGGUCUGGUGGCGCCGCUCCUUCUCGAAAGGAUUGGACUUGCGAGCCACAGCUUGAGCCCUUGCCCUUUGUUGUUGGGCUGGCUGGCUCUCUCUUUCACUCGUGCACGUGCGCACGCAUGCACGCACUCUCUCUCUCUCUCUCAUACUCUCGUGAUGUUAUAUAUGUGGUUUCACAAAGCCCCAGAUGGGGUGGACCGUUGAGCUGCUUUUGCUCUCUCUCGCCCCAGUAUGACAUUUAGUAAGGGUGUAUAAUGAAUAAUGCAAUUCUUGUUCUUUGUAGUGGCUUUGUAUUUGUACCUACAGAUAAGCUAGUUAAGCUUUGUCUCUCUAAUGUAUGCUCAGGUGGAUAUGUUAGUA